AUGUUCUCGAAACUUCCAAUCCAGGCGGCGCGUGGAGCAGCCUCCGCGAUCCGUACCCAUCAGAUUCCAGGGCAUCGACUCCCACUUGCCAAGUACGGUGGUCGUCAUACGGUAUGCGCGUUGCCAGGAGAUGGAAUCGGGCCAGAGAUGAUCGCUCAUAUCAAGAAUAUCUUCUCGUUUUGUCAUGCGCCGAUCAACUUCGAAGAGGUCCAAGUCUCGUCGUCUCUUCUCGAUGGUGAUAUGGAUGCGGCACUCUUGGCGAUUCAGAGAAAUGGAGUUGCCAUUAAGGGAAACAUCGAGACAAAACACGACGACCCACAAUUCAACUCUCGUAACGUGGAACUCCGAACCAAAUUAGAUCUCUACGCCAAUAUUCUUCACUGUGUCACUAUUCCAAGUGUUCCGUCCAGACAUAAUGGAAUCGACAUUGUUCUCAUCCGUGAGAACACGGAAGGAGAGUACUCUGGAUUGGAGCAUGAGACAGUUCCAGGAAUUGUGGAGAGUAUUAAGAUCGUAACCCGUGAGAAGAUCGAGAGAAUCUCAAGAAUGGCGUUUGAAUAUGCGAAGGCUAAUGGAAGAAAGAAGGUCACCGCAGUGCACAAGGCCAAUAUUCAGAAGCUUGGAGAUGGACUUUUCUUGAAGGUGGUGCGUGACAUGUCUGAAGACUACAAAGACAUCAAAUUCGAGGCGAUGAUCGUCGACAACGCGUCGAUGCAACUCGUCUCGAAACCCCAACAAUUCGACGUGAUGGUAAUGCCGAAUCUCUACGGAAACAUCAUUUCCAACAUUGCUUGCGGACUCGUCGGAGGGCCUGGAUUGGUGUCUGGAAUGAAUUUGGGCGACAAGUACGCUGUAUUCGAGACAGGAACUCGUAACACUGGAACUUCUCUCGCUGGAAAAGAUAUUGCCAAUCCGACUGCUUUUAUCAGAGCAAGUGUUGAUAUGUUGAGAUAUUUGGGAUGUCAUUAUCACGCGAAUAUUAUUUCUGAUGCGUUGUGGAAGGCGUUGACAGAGCAGAGAAUUCACACGAGAGAUAUUGGAGGAGAUAAUUCGGCAUCCGACGUCGUCAAUGCAACCCUCCAGAACAUCGAGAAGUUGAUGGAGGAGAACCCAAAGAACUAG